UUUCCUUUUUUUUUUUAAUGCAAAAGCAUUGGAUAAUUCAGCUAUAUAUAAAGCCCUACGAAUCUAUUCAAAUCAUUCAGUUUCCAAAGCCCUUUACUCAAAAGAAUACUCCUCUCUUCUCCUACCAGGUUCCAAAUCUGGAAGCAACCUUAAACCUUCUACUUCGUUUCCCCUCAUUGUCUUGUUAAACAAGCAUGGAUUCCUUUGAAUGUGACAACGUCAAGGCAGAGAAAGAAGACGCUUUAUGGAGAUAUAACAUGGAGAGGAACUUGAGGAUCGGUUUUCGCUUAACUGGGUUUUUGUUUGCUUUGUUUUUGUUGUCAUGGUCAUGGUUCCCCACUGUGAUUCCUGACACCGUCGAGGUUGCUGGAGAUUUUCGCCGCUGUUUCGUUUCCACUCUUGACAAAUCUCUCUAUAACUUCGUUCUUGUAAACAUCAUCAUCCUUGUUGUUUAUAUUUUGUCUAGCCAAAAACAGACCCAGAAACAAACCACCAAUCCUGACAUCUACGACGAGUACGUCAGCUGUCGCCGGAGUACACCCACAUCCGCCGUCGCUACCGCCGCUCCUGCCACGGAGGAGACCAUGGUGGACAAACAAAUCAUCCUGGUACAAAAUGCGAUUGCUCUUUCUCCAGAAAAGCAGCAACGGACAACAGUUGAUACAGUUGCAGAGACAAAAAUUUCCCUUUCUCCAGUUAAACAACCUACGACGAUCCGUACAGUACUGACAAAGAAAAAGCCUGACGUUUCUUCAACUGCAGUCGAGCAAAAGGAGUACCGAAGAACUCGAUCAAUGGUUUUGGAAUCUCGAAACCAACGGCCCCGGGAGUUUUGGAGACCAGAGACAGCUAUCAGCAGAGAGCUAGUGAUUUCAGGAAUAGAGCCGCCAAGGAAAUCAAUGGAUGAGAUGAGCAGUGAAGAGUUUCAGUUCAUCAUAGAUAGUUUCAUUGCUGAAAGAAAGAAAACUCUGCUGCAGGAAAAUACUGCCCAUUACACUAGGAGAAAAGAAAAGUGCACAUCUACUGUGGUUAAGAAUUAGGAGAUUAGAGAAAAUCAUCGAGUUUAAAAGAAAAAAUCUAUCUCGAUUUUCGAAUUAUUAGGUUUUCAGGAUCUUAUAGUUAUAAUUUCUGUUUGUGAGGUACGCUGAUAAUAUUUCCCUGGUUUUGUGGGAGUAAAAUUAAGACAACUAAGUUCAAUGGGAUCUUGUGGUUUUUUUAUCGUUUUUAUUUCUUUGUUUUGUCUUUUUAUUGCCAGUUUUCCUUGAUCUUUGAAUUGGACAUACGGUUCAGUGCUCUGCGAAUCUGUGUUUCUGCUUUGCUGAGUUUAUAAGUUGACUCUGAAUCAUGUGCAUUCGGACAAAGUUUAUCGGGCCUAAAAAUAAGAAAUAGCAGCAACGGAAUUCAGGGAAAAAAAAAACUCCUAAAGUCCUGUGCUGAGUUGGGUUGGGUACAGGGUUUGGAAUAUUUGAGUUUUCUUUUCUCUGACAGGAGAAUUCAUUUCAACUCCUCUAAACUUACUUUCACAUUUAGUCCUUACUUCUUGCUUUGGGAAAUCCUUGUUUGUGUUCUCUUGUCAAAUAUGGCAAUUUUAGAGCUAAAAUACUUCAGAUAUAUCUUCAGCAUCAUGCA